CUCGUUUCCGCCCUCAUUACUUUGUUCUUUGUUGCCGAACCGGGCAGUAACAUUCAGUUUUCAGGAUGUUAGGCCGCAUCAUAUUACUAGCUCUCGGCGCCACUGUGGUUUUGGCCGACCUACGGACCGAUUUUGAUGAAUUAAAGGCUCAACUUGAAAGAGACAGAGAAGAGAUACAAAAAUGUGAAGAAAGAAUAACAGCGAUGGAAGCCGUCAUGGCAGAGUCGAAGGAAGACUUUAGCCGACAAAAGAGAAGCGGAUACCUAUAUGCUAUGCCGAUGAUCGCUGGGCCUAAAGGAAAACCAGGUGCCCCAGGUACCCCUGGUCUCCCAGGUAAACCAGGACUUCCGGGUGAGGCUGGUCUGAAAGGUGAGAAGGGAGAACCAGGAGUUCGUGGUCCACCAGGUCCCUAUGGGCCAUUUGGAGAUGACGGCGAGGAAGGAGAAGCGGGUGGACAAGGUCCACCCGGGGAACCAGGACCAGCAGGAUACCCAGGUAUACCUGGCGAGGAAGGAGAUGAAGGUGAACCAGGUGCAGACGGAAUAGAUGGUGUGGCCGGUCCUCAAGGCGAUGUUGGUGCUCCAGGACCGCAAGGAUUCCCCGGACUUCAGGGAGAAAAGGGAGAUACUGGCAUCCAAGGACCUCCAGGAUUUAUGGGAGAAAAUGGUGUAGCGGGUAUACCGGGUCGACGCGGUUUAGCAGGAGAAAGAGGUCCAAAAGGUUCUGAUGGGGAACAAGGUAUUGAAGGUCCAUCAGGUGUUCCCGGUGUUAAAGGACCACGUGGAUAUCAAGGUGCCCCGGGACCACGAGGGCCACAGGGUGCCGCGGGUCGCGUCCAGUAUGUUAGUUAUCCUUAUGUAGCUGCACCAGUAUAUUACCAGGCAGCAAGGGGAAAAUACGCCGCAGCACAGCCUAUGAAAUAUGCCGCACCGGCUUACUCUAAAGCAGGAUCCUAUACUAAAGCAGGAUAAAUAAGAUGAUGAACAAUACGUAUUCAAACUCUACAAGCAUUGCAGAAAUAAUGAAAAGCAAUAUCACUCAUAGUACGAAAUAACGUAAUUACUAAAUAAAAAAUAUUGUAGGACCGUUCUACUUGUAAAAAUAAUUAAUUCAAUCUCCCAAUUAUAAACGCCUUAUCACAAGAAGUGCAAACUCAGACAGGGAUAAAUAACUGAUUUUUAAAACAAUUUCUUAUAAAGAAAUAAUUUGUAGAUUUAAAGAAGAUGUAAAGCAUGAAAGAUAGAAAUGAUUGUGAAGUAAACUACGAAACUAAGA